CCAGCACCCACCAGCUGGGUCAAAAUGGGGAUUAGCAAAGCUGCCUUUCUCUUUCUUUUCUUGCUCAGCUCAGUGAAAGGAGAUAUACUGGAUGCCUAUUUAAGAACAGAUGGUGUUUGGAUAUUUACUCGAAACAAACAGUUUUACAAGACAAAUAAUGAAAAAGAAUGUGCAGACAAAUGUGAAGCUGAAAGAAAUUUUACCUGCAGGGCUUUCCUAUUCACCAGGAAAAAGCUACAGUGUUUAACACUGGCAGAAAAUGCUAAAACGGCAGUGGCAUUCACCAGCACAGACGCAGUUCUUUAUGAGAAGAUAAUUUACCUUAUGCAGUGUAAAAGAGGGAUUGGGACAGACUACAGAGGAACAGAAGCCAAGACUCAGAGGGGUAUUCCAUGUCAGAAGUGGGCAGAAAAAAUACCCCACAAACCAAAUUAUACACCUGAAAAAUACCCCAAUGCGGGGUUGGAAGAAAACUACUGUAGAAACCCUGACGAAGAUGAAGGGGGACCCUGGUGCUACACAACAGAUCCUGCUAUGAGAUUUGAUUACUGUGCCAUCCCAGAGUGUGAGGACCAGGUCACUCACACUGGAGAAGGACCCACAGGGGAGUGCAUGCAGUGUAACGGCGAGGAUUACCAUGGAGAAGUUUCCAGAACAGAGUCUGGACUUGAGUGCCAACGCUGGGAUGUCCAAGAGCCUCAUAUGCAUGGAUUUAUCCUGAAACACUAUCCAGACAAGGAUCUGAAGAUGAAUUAUUGCCGCAAUCCUGAUGGUGAACUUCGGCCCUGGUGUUUCACUACCAACCCGAAUAAACGCUGGGAAUACUGCAACAUUCCUCGUUGCAAUACACCCCCACCAGUCUCUGGCCUAGACUUGCAGUGUCUUUCAGGGAAGGGUGAAGACUAUCGAGGAAGGAUAGCCAUCACUGAAUCAGGAAAUUCCUGUCAACACUGGAACACACAGUUUCCUCACAAACAUGGCUGGAUUCCUGACAGAUAUCCCUGCAAGGGCUUAGAGGAAAACUACUGUAGAAACCCUGAUGGAGAGAAGAAGCCUUGGUGCUACACCACCAACAGCAGCGUUAGAUGGGAAUAUUGCACAAUUCCUCCCUGUGACAGGACAGAACAAGGGAUUGCCGAUGUGCCUGUACAAGUCCCCCUAGCAGAGGAGUGCUACCGAGGCAAAGGCCAGAGUUAUCGUGGCACAGCUUCUGUCACUGUAUCGGGAAAGAAGUGCCAGGCCUGGAGCUCCAUGUUCCCACACACGCAUAUAAAAACCCCGGACAGAUUCCCAGACGCGGAUUUGAGAGACAACUAUUGCAGAAACCCAGACGGUGACAGCAGCCCGUGGUGUUUCACCACUGACCCCAACACGAUUUGGGAGUACUGCAAUCUCAAGAGGUGUGAUGAUCACACACAAGAGCCUGCACCGAAUGCUCCCCUGGAAUGAUGGAACAAAACAUUGGCCAGACUAAACCCACCACAUCUGCCUGAAGUUGGAGGACCUCUGGUCUGCCAAGACAAGGACAGAUUUGUUCAAUAUGGAAUCACCUCUUGGAGACUGGACUAUACCCAGACAUCAAAGCCUCGAUUUGUCCAAAUUCCUGGUUUUCUUUCUUGGAUCAAAAAUGCAGUGGCUUCCCACUGAAUAUGGGUGCAGGCUAAUUUUGCUGGAAAGCAGUUCCUGUGUCAGAAACAACAUUCCAAGUAUGGCUUUAUGACUGAUUUUUAAAAUUAUGAAAUAAUUCAUAGGAAUCCUUAAUAAAUACCACUACUGCCUGAGUGUAA